UUGGGGAAUGAUUGGAGGUUUUGUUGCUAAGAUUUGCACUCAUUUUAUUAUUAUUUUUUAGCAAGAAUCUGAAUUAAACACAGGAGUUUAUUCCCUUCCCCACUCCUUCUCUCAAUCUCCCCUCUUCCUUUUUCUCUCCCUCUCUGUGUGGGUUAUUUGCUGAAAGCUCCAACUAUUGGCGUUGUGAGGAGAGGAGGAGACACAGGGAACAGCAGAGACAGAGUCACAUCCCCCAGUGAUUUUGUUGGGACCUCUCUGAUGGCUUUCACUAUGUUGAGACCUAUUGCAAAUCGUCACUUCUACCCCGAUGUCAGUCUACAUUCAGAGGACGACGACAACAAGAGUGAAAGCGAUGGUUCGGAUCAGUCCUUCGAGUGUUGCAAUGGCUCAGGGAAGAGAAGGAAAGUGACUUACAGUAAGACUGGAGUGCUGGUCAAACACAGACAGGCUGCCAACGCCAGAGAGAGAGACAGGACCCACAGUGUCAACACAGCCUUCAGUGCUCUCAGGACUCUCAUUCCCACUGAGCCAGCAGACAGGAAGCUUUCCAAAAUCGAAACCCUUCGCCUGGCAUCCAGCUACAUCUCCCACCUGGGCAACAUCUUGCUGGUGGGAGAGGAGUGCAUGGAUGGUCAACCCUGUCUGGCCACAGUCUACAGUCAGAGUGAGCUGCUGGAGGGGUCCCAGCCCAGACCCAUCUGCACCUUCUGUCUCAGCAACCAGAGGAAAGGGGUUAAGGAGAGAGACGGGAAGAGCGGUUACUCCAAGCUGAGGGGCCCGGGUACUCUACGGAUGCAACGCCAGUAACAGAUGCACCAAGAGGCGGCUUAGAGAGUGAGAGAGGGUCGGGAACAGAGUCCUGCCUGCCUUGCAAGUAGCUAGUGAUCAGAUGGUCCUCAAGGUCAGGGGCAAAGGAAGAACGGGUUCUCUGCAUCACACACGUGGCAGAACUUUGGACAUGGGAGUGUUAAUGUAUCAUUGAGCCCCCUUUCCCCUGACCCCACCCCAGCCCAACCCAUUCAGUGGUGUUUCCCCAACUCAUGAACUGUUCGAGAACAUGUAGACCAUGAUGGAGUGAACCGUGCUUGCAAAGCGAGAGAAGAAACAAGCAGAGAUCUAGCAAGCUGAAGAUAAUCUCAGUUUUUUUUUCUGUGUGUGUUGAGUGUUUGUGUCCAUA